GGGCCCGGUGCCUCCCGCAGCCAUGGACCCCCGUCGGCUCACCUGGGCGCUGGUGCUGCUGGGCCCGGCCUUGGCGCUCGCCCUAGGCCCUGCCCUCGCCCAGGAAUCACCCGAGAAGCUGUGCGGCCACCACAUCGUGCGCGCGCUGGUGCGGCUGUGCGGGGGCCCGCGCUGGUCCUCCGAGGAUGGGCGACCUGUAGCCGGCGGCGACCGUGAGCUGCUACAGUGGCUGGAAGGACAACAUCUCCUCCAUGGGCUGAUGGCUAGUGAGGACCCCGUGCUGGUACUCGCCCCACAGCCCCUGCCCCAGGCCUCUCGCCAUCACCACCACCGCCGCCACCGGGCAGCUGCCACCAACCCUGUCCGUCACUGCUGCCUCAGUGGCUGCACCCGGCAAGACCUGCUGACCCUCUGUCCCCACUGAACCCUCCUGGGGUGUGGCCUUGGGGAAGCCCGAGACCCACAGGGGUCCAGUCUGGUGAACUCCUAAUGCCACACAGCACCAUGAAGCCCCAUGUCUGGGGGGGACUUUGUUGAUUACCUCCUAGGACAAGGCGCUCACCACCGCACCGAGGCCACCUGUCCUCUGGGGGGCCAACUGAGGAAAACACCAGAUCCCAAACUUGGCUUGGAGGAUCCUUGGUUUCGUGGAGAUGCCAGACACCUGUUCUCAAAUGUUCUCACCUCAGAGGAGCCCCAGUUACCCCGCUCCCUGCAUUUGACACCCCUCUUGCUGUCUUAUCAAUAGUAAAUAAAUAAGAUGCCUACAGAAUCUGAAGAAACUUUUUGCAUUUUCUCAAGAAAAAGGCACAAGCCUGGGUCAGCCUUUGUGUGGAAUUGUCCUCUGGCAGCCAUGGACCCACCAACACUUCCAGAAACUUAAUAACAAUUGGAGAAUCAUCACAAUAAAAAGCGAGGAAACUGAGGCCAAGGGAGCUGGCUGUUUGCCAAGGUCAGACAGGGAGGGAAUGGUCAAG